CUCUCUGUCUCCCACCCUCUCUCUCUCCCUCUCUCUCGCGGCUGAACAGACAUCAUGUUUGUUUUGCAGAGGUCGAGUCGGGGGCUUUUCUCUCUCUCUCUCUCUCUCUCUCUAAAUGAAAACACAGCAGGACGACGAUGACGCCGCCGCCGCCGCCGCCGUCUCACCUGAGCGUCUGCAGGGCAACAUUUUGUAGCGUCGCAUUGAAUCGCAUCAUGGUCGUUCUCGGUCAGAUCCUCCGACAGCGGGCUGCCAGCACCGAGCUUCGGUAGCAGCUCCGCGCGCAGCGUGCUCUGCUGUUUAUCAUAAAAAUGGACGGACUCUCUCACGUCAGGAAAAGGCGUCAAUCCGGCCGAUGUGCGUCUGAAUAACUGAUUUUUUCUCUCUCUCCCCUUUUUACGCGUCAAUUGACACAUCUGGAGAGGGGAGACAUAUUAUUCCCCUCGUUUCCCUGCCGUCCACUCAGACAGCUGUGUCAUCAACAACCGGCGUGGUUUUGUUGUUGUCUGAUUUUUUACGAGCCGGGGCAACUGGAUAUUGGCUCAUCUGCGCCAGCCAUAGGCUACUCAAUUACCAAGGUGAGUCGGAGGAGGCUGCCCGUGCCGUACGUCCCCUUCUCCCGAGCCUCCUUCUAUACCAUGAGCUCUGGCUCAGCCCAGGAUGUGGCAGUCGAGAAUUUCCUGCGUGACAUAGAGAGGCGAAGCAAGCGGCUGCACUGCGCUGUGACAGGGUGCGAGGAGGAGCGACCCCGCAGCGACAUGAACCUGCUGUACCGUAAGAGUCGCUUGGACUGGAGGCAGAGGGACCAGGAGGGAAGCAAAAAGAGCUCCACUCAAAAUGACCCUUCAGCGACUGUUGGCAAAGUCCGUGACUUGGCUUCUUUCCGCCGGCAUUUCCGCAUGGGUUUCAUGACCAUGCCAGCUUCCCAGGACCUGUCCCCUCACUCCUGUGCCUCCGCCAUGGCGCCACGCUCGCAGUCCUGCCACGCUGUCGGCGCCGGGGAUACGAGUCUAGAGAACGGAGAUUAUUCUGACACCCAAUCCCAACACUGUGGCCGCUGCCCCCCAGCCAAACCCAAACGUCACCCGACCACUCGCCUCAGCUCCUCAUCCGCUGACAGCAGAGGACCUCCAGAGACGCCGCCACCUCCUCCACCAUCUCACUCCCAGGGCAAACACUCAGAGAAAAAGAAUGCCAUGAAGAAAUCCGACUCUGGAGAGAUUGGAACAAAGAAGGUGCCUCCUUUAAAGCCCAAGAGAAGUCCCAGCACCCAGCUGUCCUUUGACCCACUUCCUCCACGUGUGCCUCCUUCUUCCACAUCCUUGCCUUUCCAGGCUGCAGACUCUCAGAUUCAGACAGGAGAUGGCGAGGAUGAGCCAGUCUACAUAGAGAUGGUGGGCCAAGUGUUCACCAGAGACAGCCAGACAGCCACCCCCCACCCUGUCACCCCUGUGGCCACCACACCUGAUUCUGACUCAGACCAGAGUGAGGCCAUCUAUGAGGAAAUGAAAUACCCGUCCCAGGAGAACAGAGACUCGCACAGACACCUUCCCACCAAACAUGAGAAACUUAAAACUUCGAAACACUACCACGUCACUCCCUCCUCGUCCAGCACCUCCUCGUCUUUGCCACGCCCCUCCUCCUCCUCUCCUUCCUACUCCAAACCCAAAGCUACUGUGUCGAUCUCUCAUUCGUCUCCUCUGCCUUCCUCUGCAUCCUCCACCCCUGUCCCCCAGGUCCUGUCCACUAGUCCACACACACCACGCGCUCCUACUCCUUACCUGCUGCAAGGGAGUAAAUCUGAGGCCGAGUCCAACACAAAGAUUCCAGCUCCUUUCCCUAAUCUUCUACAGCACCGGCCUCCGCUGCUUGCCUUCCCUCAGCCUGCGGCUGCCUCAAGUGGAGUCGGUGUGCAAAAUAAAGCGUCUGCAUCUGUUAAAACAUCCAGUGUGACAACUCAAGCCAGCAUGUCCUCCUCAGCCUCUUCUAAUCUUCCUAUAUCCCUGUCUGGCUCCAAGGAGUCGUCCUCAUCGAGCCAGCAGGACAAACACAGCAGAGACUCCCAGUUAGGCCCAGCUCCUGGUCUGAGAGCCAGGAGUCACUCCACACCUCUGCCUCCUUCCUCCAAAUCCACCUCCCCUUACUCCCAUCACCAUCACCAUCCUCACCAUCGCCCCUCGCACUACCAUCACUAUCGCAAACCAGACAGGGGAGACUCUCCUGCUCCAAAUAAGAGCGGCUCACAGACUUCCAGCCAGGCCACAGUCCAGACCCAAACCUCAAGUACAGGCAGGGAAGGCAAGUCUGUCAGCUUCCUCUUAAAGUCUGAUAAAGGAGAGAGGGAUAAAGAUAGGGACAAGGACAGGGACAAAGAUAGGGACAGAGACAGGGACAGAGACAGAGACAGGGACAGAGACAGAGACAGGGACAGGGACAGGGACAGGGACAGGGACAGGGACAGGGACAGAGACAGGGAGAGAGAGAGGGAUCGGGAUAGAGGCAGAGACAGGGACAGGGAAAGAGACAGAGACAGAGACAGAGACAGAGACAGAGACAGGGAAAGAGACAGAGACAAGGAAAAAGAUAAAGACAGGGAAAAAGAUAGAGAUAAAGACAGGGAUCGGGACAGGGAUCGGGACAGGGAUCGGGACAGAGAUCGAGACAGGGAUCGGGACAGGGAUCGGGACAGGGAUCGAGACAGGGAUCGAGACAGGGAUCGGGACAAGGACGGUCCACGUUCCUUACAGAUGGAUAGUGCUACAGCCAGUAGCAGCCAAAUAUCUCAAAGCAGCACCAGCUCAACCCCUACUUCAUUAUCCUCAUCCCAUCGUCCUCAUUCUCGCCCGCACCUUCGCUCUCACACUCCGCACGGUCUGCCGGCGUACAAGCCGCCCUCUGCAGACAGCCCCCUGCUGUGGACUUACCCGUCCAGUGGCUUUCGGAGACCACCAGCUUAUGACAGUCUGAGAGGAGGCUCUCAGACGCCGUCCCUGCAACAGCCAUCGAGUCUCACUGGUGUAGGUGAGGGGUCAUCCAAGAGUCAUCUCGGGCCUUUAUCCCAUCAUUCAAAAGUCGGCUUCAUGCCUUGGGACAGCAGUGCCAACAUAAUGGCAGAUGAGGGGUCUUACUGGCCGAUGACGAGGAAACUGUCCUUCAGCCACGGGAGCAGAGAGACAGAGAGGGAUGAAGGGCGUGCAUGGAAUGGAAGUGCUGACGCCCUGUUAAGGAUGGAUAAAGACGAGCUGGGGAUGGGUUCUCGAGGAGGACACUCAGGCAUCCCAGUGCACUUCAGCGGCGCCACCAGCAGGGCGCCUGGUCACAGUGAGUCCUUGGCUGGUGUGGAUAACAGCCGAGGAUUCAGAGCCCAGCUGCCCAGAGCAGGACUCCCUCUUCCCUGCCAGACCUUCCCUGCUUGUCGCAACGGAGAAGUGGGGCGGCUGGGCCGUUCCUCCUCUGCUGCUGGAGUGAGACAGGUGGGUACAGGAGACGUCCAGAGGCAGAGCAGUCUACCAGCACGAGAGGCCCUGAAUCAGCUGCAUGGCCUGGCCCAGCCUCAAGCCCCCUGCAGUCCCAGCAGUCCCAGUGUGUCUCGGCAGCAGCAGCAGCUUCAGCUUCACCAGCAGCAGCUGCAGUUAAAGCAGCAGCUCCAGCAGCUUCAGCAGCAGCACCACCUGCAGUUGCAGUUCCAGCAGCUCGCCCAGCUGGCACAGGGACAGCCUCCUGUCGGCGGAGGCACCACCCCGUCCACAGCGCAGACGCAGAGGGACGGCAAGCUGCUGGAAGUCAUCGAGCGUAAACGCUGCCUGUGCAAAGAGAUCAAGGCCCACAGGCGUCCUGACAAAAGCCUGUACAAGCAGGACAGCAUGCCCAUCCUCCCUAGCUGGAGACGGACACCUGAGCCUCGAAAGACUGGCACACCACCCUGCCAAAGGCCACAAGCAGUUGUGUGGGACACGGCGAUCUGAGGUGGACAGGCCAGCAAGUACAGCACUGAAGAGAGACAACAUACACACACACACAGAGAUUGUUGAGAAAUGAAGCGAUGAGGGUUGAAACGGGUCCAGUGACAGGAGUGCUCUUUGAAGGGUUUGUGGUGUGACGGCUGCCACAGAGGAACGAGAGAUUUGAGGCCGCGAAGAGGAAGAGGGUCUGCUCGCUCUCUGACUGCGUGAUAAACUGAAUGGGGUCAGUAGCGAGGGUUAAUGGAGACUGAACUCAAACACAGAUGAUGAAGGAAUUACAAUCAGACUAAUCAAUGUCUUACUCAGCUGAUUUCGCUCUCAACUGCUGUACAUGUUAAGUCGACGUGUUCUAAUUGCCAACAAAGUUUUUUGCCACAAAACGCCAGAAAUGAAAUCACCAACCAAACAAUAAUGAGUGUGAUGUUCUCUGAGAUUGGUGUUGCCAAAUUUUCCUCCUGACUACUUGAGACAUAAGAAUCAUGUACUUUCUCCAGCACACAGUUGUCCAACACACGAGG